AUGUCCCCUAAUAGAUGUGAUGGUUUACUGGCAAGGGUUGAUUUUCCGCUGUACACGCUUCAAACUCUUACGAAUCGACACGUAAUUGUCGCGGGUGGUGGAGGAGCCGCAGCUACAGGCGUUGCUAAUGGAUUUGAAAUAUUUGAGCUUUCACACAAUGGAAAUAGAUUUGUUGCCGAAGAGGUGAUGCGCCACGAGACUGGACCGAAUGUUGUGAUGAACUGUUCUGUGCGGAGUAACCAGAACAAGACGUAUCUAACAGCGGGCCAGGAGAGUCACUGUCAGCUCUAUAAAGUCAACAUUCGGAUGGUGGAUGCGGCAGAAAUGCGCAGAGGCAGCUUCAGAGCAGAGAACGGCCUAGUGAGGAGAAGAAGGCGUACUGUAUCCGAGAAUGACAAUAUAUCUAAAAAGGACAGCAACAGUAACACUACGGAGAAACGAAUAUCAUUUGAAAUAAGGCCUAGUGACAGUGUGCAGACGGAUUUCAGCAACGACCCGCUACAGCGAGUGGUGCGGAUCAGCCAUAACAGUAAGCUGAUGGCUACUGGUGGGAUCGAUGGAAAGGUGCGAGUCUGGGGGUUCCCCAAGAUGGAGCUUCUCUACGAGCUAGAAGGACACACGAAAGAGAUCGACGACCUAGACUUCAGUCCGUGCGACACGUCGCUGGUGAGUAUCGCGAAGGACGGGCUGGCCUUGCUGUGGGCCACCAACGCCAAGCGAGCUCCCAUGCUGCAGAUCACGUGCCAGCCGCCCAACGGGAACAAGUACCUGUUUAGACGAUGCAGGUUUGGCUUAAUAGAAGACAAGAAGAAUGAAUACAGGAUGUUCACAAUAGCGAAUCCGCUGACCCGGUCAGGGCGGCAGCGCGGGCUCUUACAGUCGUGGGAGCCCCGGACCGGAGCCCUGCGGAGCUCCGCCCUCGCUAACGAGUCACUGUCGGCCCUCGCAGUUCGGGACGACGGCAGAUUUGUGGGCGUGGGCACUAUGUUCAGUGGAUCCGUCGACAUUUAUAUUGCAUUCAGUUUACAGCGAGUCCUCCACGUGAAGAACGCGCACAAUAUGUUCGUGACGGGGCUGGAGUUCCUGCCGGUCCGAGGCUACGGGCCGCCCAUCACGAGCCGCUCCGAGGCCGCCCUGCUCUCCAUAUCCGUCGACAACUGUCUCUGCGUGCACUCUCUACCGCAUCGAAGUACUGUACCUGCCUGGGUUGCCAUCCUAUUAAUAAUAUUCGUACUGUUUUGUACCUUCACGCUAUGUUCGUACAUGGGCAUUUAA